UCACCUUAUGACGUUGCGCUGACAGCUUCUCUACCUGACGGAAACUUUCAAGCAUCGUCAGUCCUUGACUCAAAUCUUAACCAACCGUACAUGGCCAAGGUUGGUGGUGAUAAAGAGUGGUGCCCCUCGACGGCUUCCGUCUUUGAGUUUAUUCAAAUCGAUUUCUCCUCGCCGUACCGAGUAUGCGCAAUAGACACGCAAGGCCAUCACACGCUGUCUUGGUUCGUGUCUACUUACAGGGUUGCGUAUUCUUUAAACGGAUCUUCCUGGGCUGACGUAACGGUGGAGAAUAAAAGCAUUUUGGUGGGUAUGCAAUUUGAAAUGUACAAUUUUUCUGUUAUGCAAUAGACGUUUUGUUUUCUCUAUUAGAAAUCUUCAUAUUUCCAACAAGUGAACUUGCUUUGUAAAUUACCUUGGACAUGCACUGUUAGACCUGUUUUUGUAUCUGAAGGUACCAGCCUCGUUCUCAGCGAUUUCGGAUGUGACGUCACCUUGUCGGGAAAUUUCGUCUAUAGAGAUAGGAAGUCGUUACGUUAAGUUGCCAUGGAAGCAAAAUUUCUGGACCUUAACAAAAUGGGGUCCUGCAAAAAUGACAGGAAAAAAUGACAUGUAAGACUUUUCUACGCGUGAUUGCACUCAGGAACAAAACUAUAGUCCAUACUUGUCUUCCAUCGUUCGGCAAUGCAAAUGGCCGUCUCUUUCAAGAAAGAUUACUGAGACCCAGAGAUCCAGAAAUUUUGCUACUAUGGUAACAUGACGUCACACUUCUCUCUAUUGCGCUAGGUUCCAAGUCUCCUCUGCUCACUUGGAUAGCGCAAACUGGCCUGAGGACGAGGCUUGGAAGGUACAGUGCAAAUCACAGAUCCUAAGAGCGCUAAGGUAGUAAUGUGAGACUGAGAUAACUAAGCCAUUCUUAUUGACCGUAGAUUUUUGCUGGAAAUGCUGAUGGUGACACUGUGGUCAGGAACACAUUGAACGAUAGCUCAAGUUUCGUUACCAGGUUCCUACGCAUUUAUCCUUUGACGUAUGGCACCUGGCCGUGUUUAAGGGUGGAGGUGUACGGACGAGGUAUUCAAUUUAUCUUGUAAUUCCUUAAUGCUUACAUUCUCCAACCCAGAGCUCUUCUCUAUUACGCAUGACAGGACUGCUAAGGAAAAGAGCAGCCAUAAGAUCCAAAGGCUCUGGUGACGAUAUAUACUUCUUGCUUUAUCGCUUCACUACAGGAAAAUAAUGGUCAUAUCAAUAGGCCAUUUCGGAGUGCCAAAAACUCUCACUUUCAAAACGAAGCUACGUGUAAAAUGUUUCUCGUGAAAAUAAGAUUCAUUUGCAUGAGAGUAAAAAAUGAUCUUCAUAUCAAUGGUUUCACGCUUAGCCUCAUUUUGAAAGAGAGGCUUGAUGCAACUUGGAAAUGGCCUGUUGUUUUAAUGGCUAUCUUGAGAUUGCGCUCGUUCCCAGGGUCCUUCCUACUCGUCUCUACACAGCAAGAGAGGCCUUGAGAACAAGGUUGUCAUAUAACGCUUGGACGGUGUCCUGUCGAUUGUACAAUGGGUCUGUCUGUCUCCCUUAGUGAAAUUCGUUACCACACCGAGCAAAUCUGAUGUGUAGCCUCAGAACAGCGGAAUGGGGGCUUUGUUGUGUUGCACUUGCGGGUACUAUAUGGUUGAUUAGGUUGGUUAUUGCUCUUUGUUCAUUAGGGAGCUUACGCAAAGACGUUUUUGGGCGACGCACAUGAACCGUUGUGAGGCCUCUUUCAUUUUAACAUGCCUUAUUAGUGCAACCAAAUUUGUAUGGCUAAGUGUCUUUACUCUUAUAGAGACGAUUUGCCGGAAAACUUGGGCAAACCCACUGCCCAAGCAUGCAACAAGUCCACUUAAACUUGACGUGAGUCGUUCAAAAAUGUCUUUCCUUAAGCUGCUUAUUGUAUUUUGUAUUGCAUCGUUUGGUCAUCGCAUCAUCUGUAACACUGAGAAACUAUAAUCAUAUCUAACUACUUAUCCGUUAUUCCUUUUCUUUACUUCAGAAUUACCAUCCCUCGACCCUAGACUCCCUCUGAAUAAAACAGUGACGGAGGGAAACUCGUUCACACUUCACUGUUUGCCGCUGGGAAAUACGGACGCAGUUAAUGUAACUUGGAUAAGGAACAAUGGUAGUAGCACUCCAUUUGCAGUGUCUGUAAACAUCACAGUCAACGCUACCAGAUUUGACGGGGGUGAAUACAACUGUGUAGUAACCAAUGGAGUGGAGUCUGUUAUCUCGCCGACUGCUCAUGUCGAUGUUCUGUGUAAGUAAUAGUAUAUUACCAACAAACACAUGGGGCUCUUUUAAAUGUAAGUAAUAAAUGAAUGUAUUAUUCUCUUGCCGUUGAUGAUUAUCCUCUUCCUCGUCUUGAGUUUUACUAAAUCUCUUGUCCAGUUGGCUUAAUUGAGUUCAACAGGAAAACAUUAACUUGAUCUAUAUAGUCUAACCUCCCGUAAGCGACCACUCAUAACUCUGAGAUUUGCGAACAGCUCACUGGAGGUGACCGGUUAAGAGAACCUUCCAGCAUAAGUUCUUUUUAAGGGAAAACUGAGUUGUUGUUUUUUUCGAUGGAUGUUCUGACAUGAAGGUCUGAACGCGCGCAAUUAUUGCUUCAUCUAAAUUUUUCAAUUAUUUUCAACAAAUAAUUUCAGGUUAUAAAACGUUCAAUAUGUCUUGUCAGAUGCAAUUCAGUACAUGUAUGUUGCUAUACUUGUCUUGCGUUACGUGUAAAUUUCAAAGAAAAAUGCACGCGGCCUACUUCACCAGCACGAGAGCACAGAAAACAUAAGUACGUACAAAUGUUUGUUGUUGUUGACGCUGCUUUUUGUUCUGUUUUGUUUUGCUUUGCAGACCCACCGUCACUAGAUUCCAGCUUUCCCUAUAAUCACACGGUCACCGAGGGCAAUAAUCUCACCCUUCAAUGCAAAGUGACAGCUGCCAAUCCCACACCAAACAUCACGUGGUACAAUGUUUCUACCAAUAAAACACUGAUAUCAUACAAGGACAACUUGACGUUUGGACUUAUCACCAGAUCCCAUGCAGGGAGAUACCAGUGUGUUGUCGAAAAUGGAAUCGGGCAAGCCGCAGUAUCAAGGAUUAGUACCGUUGAUGUGCAAUGUAAGUUGAUUCAAACAAUGUUACUAAGGUAUUAGGUGUCGUCCCUCAGGUUCUUGAUCACUUUAGACCGUUUUGCAAUUGCAUUAAUUAAAUGAUAUCACUUUAAAUUUGCUGAAGCUGUAAGAACCGACUAGAGACAUUGUGGAACCUAGUUCGCACGUCGUCGUUGUUGAAACGAGACCCCAGAUGUUCAAUGUUGGACAAAAGCAUUUUCCAGUCGUUAGCGCUUUCUUUUUCGUGAAUUUUCUUGAUAUCGUUUUCUUAUCCAUGAAAUACACUAUUUAUCCGAGGGAUAACGUUAUUCAUUUUUGGACUGAAAAGCCUGAACAUGAAAUACCUUCUUAAUAAAGGGAGCUUCCUUUUACACUUAUAUUCACAAAAUAUUUAAGGACUUUGCUGAGAGAAUUGUGAAAACUGGUGAUAUGAAGUUCAAUUCUCCUGAAAACCACAUACCCAAAAGAAAACUGAGUAGUUGUUGAAAAAAUAUUACUGUAUUCAUUACAACUUUUAGGAGAAAAUGUGCGCUUACACCAAGGAGCCCAAAAGUGCGACCGAUUUGGAUUUGUUCACAUUCUUUAGUAAAGAUUUCAUCCAAUCAGAAGCCAGCUGGACACUGUCCCCGACUUCUGAUUGGUUAAUGUCUGCUUGUCUAUAAGACUAUCUCUUUGAAGAUGGGAGAUAUAUGUUGACACUCCUUAUACUUCACUUUCAGAUCCAUCUUUACUCGAUGCCACAUAUCCACGUGACCACACAAUCACCGAAGGCAGUACUAUCACUCUUCAGUGUAAAGUGACAGCUGCCAAUCCUCAGCCAAACAUCACGUGGUACAGUGUUGCUAUAAAUAACACAGCACUAUCGUAUGCAGUCAACUUUACAUUUGUGAACAUAUCAAGAAAUCUUGCAGGGAAAUACUAUUGUCUUGUUGACAAUGGUAUAGACAAGGCUGUGACGUCACGAGUCAAUACAGUUAAUGUGCUGUGUGAGUAAACUGCUUAGAAUAUCUUAUUUUUUCAAGUCGGGAGUGUUGGUUAGAAUAGGUAAUAUUCAGAAUUCUUUAAUCCUAUAGCGUUGGAGAACACUAUCGAUCCAUGAAAGUAGGAGAGGAACCUUGGCCGUUCGGCUCUUUUUGAAAGACAUUGGAUUGUCUUUGCAUUUCUGAUAAGUUAAGCCUUCAUGUCUUCCAAUUAUGGGAACGUCGAACUGGAAUCCGAGAAUAUAGGCCCCGGGAAGUAAUGGUCGUAAGAAAGAAUAGAGCGCACGAGGGAGAAACACGCCCCGUUCUUUCUUGCAAAAGGGCUUCCAAGCGCCUGCUACGCAGACAAUUUCAGUUAUAUUCCAGUCUGUGCACUCUGUUUUCGCGUUGAUAUCGUAAAGACACUUAACGUAACUCACCAAUAAUCUUUGCCUUCUUUCAGAUUCUCCUUCAUUGGAAACCACUUACCCUCGUGACAACACGGUCGUAGAAGGCAAUAAACUUACUCUGCUAUGUAAAGUGACGGCUUCCAAUCCGAGGCCAAACAUCACCUGGCACAGGGUUUCCGCAAACAACACAGUACUUUCUUACGGAGCCAACUUCACCUUUUCUAAUAUCUCAAAACAUGAUGCUGGAAAGUACUAUUGCGCCGCUGAUAAUGGUAUCGGCAAAGCAGUCACAUCAAGGAUCAGUUCAAUCGAAGUACAUUGUAAGUAGUUUAACUUAAAAGUUCCACUCCUGUCUGUUCAAAUAUCCGAUAGCGGCGCUAUCCACCGAAUAAAUUGUUUUUCAGUGGAUACGUAUUACGAAAACCAACUGCGUCAUUCACUAGAUAGUAAUAAUUACUAUCCACUGGAUAAAUUAUUUAUCCAGUGAAUAAAUUAUUACUAUCCACUGGAUAAAUAAUUUAUCCAGUGAAUAAAUUAUUACUAUCCACUGGAUAAAUUAUUUAUCCAGUGGAUAAAUUAUUACUAUCCACUGGAUAAAUUAUUUAUCCAGUGGAUAAAUUAUUACUAUCCACUGGAUAAAUUAUUUAUCCAGUGGAUAAAUUAUUACUAUCCACUGGGUAAAUUAUUUAUCCAAUGGAUAGCUCUUGCCACCUUUUCAACCUAUUAGCCUGGUUCUUUCUUUAGUUAGAAUAUGACACCUUAUAGGGGUGACAUACCGUAAAAUUCCGAAAAUAAGCCCCGGGGCUUAUAUUUUUCAAAGGCCCUUUUUGAGGGGCUUAUUAUUGGAGGGGCUUAUGUUCGGAUGGGCUUAUCUACGGAGGGAAAUUUGCGUUUCAAAAUCGAUUGGGCUAGCCUUAUAGUUGGAAGUAAAUUUACCGUUUUUGCUUUGUUAUACUUUGUAUUUGACGGCACUUUUCCAAGUACAAGCCCCCGGGGGGCUUAUAUUUGGAGGGGCGAUUUAACGGAGGGUUUUUUGCGUUACCGGAUUGGGGGACUUAUAUUUGCAGGGGAUUAUACAUGGAGGGGCUUAUUUUCGCAAUUUUUCAGUACGUAAAAUGUUUUCUUUGUUCCAUUGCUCUCCGCUCUUAGAUCCUCCUUUGCUUGAUUCUUCAUAUCCACGAAAUCGUACAAUCGCCGAAGGUAGUAACCUCACCCUUCAUUGUAAAGUGACAGCUGCCAAUCCUGAGCCAAACAUCACGUGGUACAGUUUUACGUCAAAUCACACAGCUCUAUCGCAUGGAGUCAACUUGACUUUUAUUAACACCUCAAAAAAUCAUGCAGGGAAAUAUUAUUGUGUCGUGGACAAUGGAAUUUACGGAGCGUUGACGUCAAGUGCCAGUACAGUCGAUGUGCAGUGUGAGUAGUUGUUGUCAUAUACGUAGACAUACAUUUUUAGCAAGAUGGGAUAAUUUCUUGUUGGGCUGAAUUUGUAAUUACUCUGGAAGACUUUGAAAGUCUUCAACCGUUUAGCGUCGAAAAUUUGUCGAUCUAUGAAACCUUGUUUUUGAAGCUUCAGUUUCUAGAGAAACUGUUAGACCGUCUUCUUUUCCGAGGAUGACAAUGUUCGGGUGGAAUCAAGGUUUCAGUUCGAUCAAAUGCACAACUUUCGCUUCCAUGCAGAUCUUUAAAAACUGCUAGAAAACGAUUUUGAAGCAUAGUAUUUUUUGCAAGUAAGCUUCUACUAUUUUUGUCCAACGCUUACUUACAGAUAUUCCUUCAUCCUGUCCCAUCCACUGGCCCUUUCUGAGAUUUAUCCUGCUACAUUACUUUUAAAACGUCAAACCGCUUAUAGAUAGUUCGGGUUUAAACCACUUUGGGUAACUGUGACGUCAUCUAAAACUGUUCAAAGAUGGCUGCCAUCAUGGACUGGUUACAAUUAAAUAUGGUUGAUACAGACACGAAAGAGACAGAGCCAAGUGUCUGCACUAUAGGGCUGUCCCUAUUACAGUAAGGGUAGUACGGAGUUUGGCAUCUUAAAGAAGUCAGCGGUAGAUUGUUGCCGUCAAUAUUGAGGAAGGUGCCCGUUAUGGGAGGUUUGGGUUCGGCUGUACUCAAUUUUCAUUUGAGACAAAAUGUUACUUUUUUCGUAGUUUGAUUAAAACGGCACCGUGUUGAUUGAUUCCGCAGAUACGCCCUUAUUGAAUGCUAACCAUCCUUAUGAUAACACCGUAUUUGAAGGAGAAAACUUGACCCUUCAAUGUAAAGUGACAGAUGCCAAUCCUCAGCCUAACAUCACGUGGUACAGAGUUCCCAGAAGUAACACUGCAUUAUCAUAUGGAGUCAACUUGACCUUUGUAAAUGUCUCAAGAUAUGAUGAUGGGAAAUACUAUUGUGUAGUGGAGAAUGGCGUUGGAAAGAUCAUAUCAAGAACUUCAUCUGUUAAUGUGCUUUGUAAGUUAUAGGGAUACGCUUAGGCUAAUUAUACCUCUAUUAGAAGGAAAGAAAUAUUUCUCAAUUUCUGUUUGGCUCAAAUUCCCCCGGCUAAUUCUUCACAUCCAGUUGGCUUUGGCAAAAUUUGAAAGACGAUUGCGAUAUUCGGUGAAAUUACGUCAAUAGUACUGGAUAUUGCCCCAAAAACGGACGGCAACCGAGAAGCGCUUGGUUGCGUCAGCACAGUUGUACACUUAGAGGCUGAGCAGGAGAAAAUGACUGAAAAGUUUACAUGUUUUGCGAAGAAGAAAUAGCUGAUUGUCUGCCUAAAAACAUAGAAAGAACAACGAGAAAAUAACUCAACAGAUGACAUCUGCUUUUUGAUGAAAAACGUCAAAACUAAAAAUCACUUUAUAUCCUGAAUUUGCCGAGUAACAGACAAAUAGGGACGGGGGAACUUAACAUCGGUCAAGGUAAGCAUAUUUUAAAGUAAGGAUUAUUUAAAAAAGAAUAAAACAGUUAUUGAAUUUGACUUUCGUAUGAUCUGAAAAUUAUGCAAAUCUCGGGGGGUGUUAUCCGACGAGACCAUUAUUCUCUGCCUUAUCCAAUAAUUGCUAAUUAUUUCACACUUGAUUUUAAUUAUACUAUCAUAUAAAAGAGAUUUACUAUUGAUACUAACGGCAUCAUUAUUUCUAUAGAUCCACCAUCCCUAAACUUUAGCUAUCCUCGUAGCCACACAGUUGUCGAGGGAAGUAACCUCCACUUGCACUGUGUUGUAACAGCAGGGAAACCGCGGCCUAACAUAACGUGGUAUAACGCCCGUGCAAAUAACUCGGAGCUUUCAAAUAACACCAGCUUGUCGUUAUUCAACAUUUCAAGAGAUCAAGCAGGGGAAUAUUACUGUGUUGGGACAAAUGGCAUCGGCCCAGCGGCGAUUUCACGAAUGGGUGUGGUCGAUGUCCAGUGUAAGUAACUAAGUAGCCAUCUUUGAUUUACAUGGAACAAGUCAAGCUGCAAAUAGACAGAUCGGAAACCUUUCCAAUUAGUAGUUUUUUGUCUUUGGAAUCUUGUAUGUUUCAUACAGGAAGGUAAAGAAAUCUCCAUGUGGUCAUACUAAAGUCCUUCUUACUUCGGAUCGCAAGCAGGUUACACGUUUAUUGGUUUGUGUAAGGGUGGAUUUCCAAUGUCGCGUAAUUUUUACGUGCUUGCGCACGUCAAUUUUACGGGCGUAAGUAAAAUAGGAACAAUAGAGAGAUGUAGAGUGCCGUUUACGGCAAAUGUCAAAUUCAAGUUGAGAAUUGCUCAAAAUAGAAAACGUUCGGCUAAAAACAGUUCAAAACAAUUGUUAUAGACAAAACUAAAGUGAAGCAACUAAUUUUGAGGUAGAGAAAAUGAAGAGUAAAGCGCAAGUUAAAGGAAAAAUUGGUCACGUGGUACAAAUUCACGUUUGCCGUUGUCUCUAAACGUGACUCUAGAUCUCUCUAAUGACAGGCAGCGUAUAAACAUAAAAGUUGAGCGAGGUUCAACUUUUACGUUUACGGACAGACUUUGACACAUUGCCUUUAUUUUAUUUACACACGUAAAAGUUACGUGACAGUUCAAAUUCACCCUAAGAUGUUGGAUAAUAACAUUUAAGACCUAAUUAUUCCGGAGCGCUAACAGUUUACACCUUCACUGUAUUUAACAAUUAUUCCACGACUGCGCGUUGGAUGUGAGAUGGUAGGGCUAUUUUCAUCUCAUAUCCAACAAGCGUGAGUGGAAUAAUUGUUUUAUUAAAAACGCCCACAAAAUAUCGAGAAUUCUUCCCGAUUUUCAGCUUGUUUUUAAUUUUGAGUAGACGCGUACAGUUACCAUAUUUGGAGAGAAUAGUAUAAUGGCUCAUAUACCAUGAUGACUAAGUCAAUCAGCGCUCUAGAAUUAGUUUAUCCAACGAUUCAGUUUUUAGUAGAAGAGGUUAAACAAUGACCGAUUAAGGCUGUUUGAUUCACAGAUUCGCCAUCGUUGAUUGGAAGUCAUCCCCUCCACAAUACUUUAGUCGAAGGAGAGAAUCUUACUCUUCAGUGCACAGUGACAGCUGCCAAUCCUGAGCCAAACAUCACGUGGUACAGAGCUGCUGCAAACGACACUCCACUGUCGUAUGGAUUUAACCUGACCUUUACAAAUAUCUCGAGAUUUCAUAUGGGAAAGUAUUAUUGCGUUGUCAGUAACGGCGUUGGAAACAAAGCGAUUUCCAGGACUGCAACCGUAAAUGUGCUGCGUAAGUUUUGAAUCCAUGGUAAAUUAUAAAUAUCCGUCACAGCUCAUCAGUAUUUGUCAAUAUUAGCUGAACAAUCUUGUAUCCACACAGAUUUGAUGUUGCGUUGUUACAGAGCGACCUUUACUGUAUAGCGGGCUAUAUUCAGUAUAUCAAAUAAAUUUUCUGGUCGUCAUACAGUUUGUAUUGCAAGUUUUACUGGAAGGUUCUUACUCUCGUGACAAUGGCCUAUCCUGGUGCUAAAGAAAUAGUGUAGUGUACGUAGAAUAAGGGUUCAAUUCUGGUACAAAAUGAAGGACUCUACCUUAUAUUAAUGGGCUCUUUCCAGCUAGCUAUUCACGUGGUACAAAACCGCCGCACUGGAGAGCAGAAAGAAGUAGUGGGACAAGAUAAACGAAGGAACUUACCAUUGAAAAUUAUGUAUGUCUUUUGUUUGUCUUGUCCCAGUGCGACUUUUGCUCUCCAGCUUGGCGGUUUUGUGCCACGUGAUCAUGGAUGGCUAGCUGCAAAAAUCAAAUCAAACUUAUUAUUCGUACCCUAUUAGCUAAGUGAUUUAUAAAAUCGAAACAAUUCAUUCUCUUUUACAGAUCCAGCGAUCUUAGAUAUGAGCUAUCCUCGUAACCAUACAGUCAUUGAAGGCAGCAACCUCAUCUUGCAGUGUGUUGUUACAGCGGCGAAUCCUCUACCCAAUAUAACAUGGUAUAAUGCACGAGCAAGAAAUACAGAGAUCUCUAACAGUAGCAGCUUGAAUUUCAUAAAUAUUUCAAGAGACCGGUCAGGGAGAUAUUACUGUGUGGCGAGAAACGGCAUUGGCCUAGCCGUGAUUUCUCGAAUGAGUACGAUUGAUGUACAGUGUAAGUACCAUAACCUUUUUUCGGCAAAAUUUCCAUUUUGCAUGCAUACCUCAUUAAUAUUAGAGACUUUUAGAUUCGAGGACGAGAAGGAGAUUUGACUUGAAGUUUUUUCGCGUCUUCUCAAAAUAUAGACUUCCCGCAAAGCUUCAUUUUACCAUUUUUCACUAGAAAAGUUAGCAUUGUUAUCUUUAGUGAAGGAGGUUAAAUACGCGCUCUCUCGAUCGCAAAAAGAUAAAACUUUUAACAUUUGGUAUCUUGUUUUCGCCACCACGACAUUCGCGCGAAAACUCUUCGUAGAUUGACGAUGGCUACCACGUUUUCCCGCCAAAAUGACGCUGGUUCACGCGCGUACACUACUUAGUAUUAAGAACAUCUCGUACACGUAGUCGUUUUCGUCUUAGAAUCUAACGGUCACUAUUAAUCGAUGUUAGGACUGUGGCAGAGCUAAACAUUUCAAAUGAGCAUUUGAAAAAGCGGCCGAUUGAAGUGUUCUCAUUUCCAUCUAUCACUGUCCGAUAGAUGGAUCAGUGCCAAAGUAUAAGAGUCAAUGAUGAACUCUCUUAAGGUGGUUCUAACUUUUUAGUUCGUGGACGAAAUCCUAAACUGUAAUCAUUCAAAUAAAAGCUACCAGCAGUACUUUCACAUGGUAAUAUUUAUUAAGCGUGUCGCUCCACGUUUUGAGCCUGUUUAUGAGAUCUUAUGGUGUGACCCUGUAACUGAAACCUCUUCAACAAAACUUUCACGUAGUACUAUUUAUUAAGCGCGCAUGUAGUUCUAAGUUUUGAGUCUGUGUUGACAGUACUUUCCAAUGGUAUUAUCUGUUUUUCCCAAUUUAGAAAUUUUGAUGAAUUUUGACUUUGGCCACCUUUGGCAUUGAAAUAGUUAAACGUGAUCCUCUUUUCUUACCCAGAUCCACCCAUCAUCGACCCUGCAUAUCCUAAGGAUCUUAACACAACUGAAGAGGAAUCGGUAACAUUGCAAUGUAUCAUAAAAGAAAGCAACCCGCAUGCAAACGUUACUUGGAUUAAGCUCUCUGAUCCUGGAAAGGUGCUUUCACGUAGCCCGGUGUUGAAUCUUACCAGCAUCAGGCAUGGUGAUGAAGGGAAGUACCGCUGUCUAGUAGAGAAUGGCGUCGGCGGACAGAUAAAGUCACGCAUCGCCAAACUGGAAGUAAAACGUACGUUAUCGGCUGUUUAAUUUGAAUUCUUGGCUUAUAAUGUUUACUUAAGUGGUUGGGAGGUAUCUGCCUCUCCUCAUUUAAAAUGUACAAAUAUUGAGAGGCUACAAAUAAUUCAUGGAACCGUUCCCGGUCAUUAUUUCAAUUGUAAGUAGAUCUUAUGGUUAGCUUGACCUGCCCUCACAUCAUUGGCGUUAUGUAUCGUGUCUAUGUAAAGGCUCACUUGACAAAACUUUCUGUUUUAUUGCAGCUUUAAGUAAAGGAAACAUAGACGUAGGAGUAAACAGUGCCCAGAAAAUGAAGCGUGAGUAGCAAGAAUAUGGCAUACAGACGACUCUCCCUUUAAUAACGGAUACCUCGGUGAAACGGGCACCUAGAGUUGGGCCUGCCUUUCAGCUUUACUUCCUUUAUUUCACUCUCUAUAAGACGGACCGCACACUUAGACGGGCGUUUAGCCCUUUAAGUCCCAACAGUGCUCAAAAUCAAUUUUCUUCUAACGAUAUCCAAAGACUAUCAUGAGCAAAGUCUAUGAGAAUUAACAAAAUGAUCACAAAGAGAAAAAUAUUUGAUCUUUUACCAAAUUCUCUUAACUAAUUCUUCAAGGAAAUGUAUGGAGAUUGGUUUGGAGAAUUUGUAUGUGGAUAUUGGGACUUAGAGGGUUAUAGUGACGGUCCAAAGGUGUCUGUCUUUGAGACAGUUGACAGUAGCCUACUGACACAAGCCUAUGGUUAUGCGGGCUCCUGAUGCUAACUGGUAUUCACAAUAUCUCUUCGUUUGUUUUCUUGCAGGCAGUGGAUUGAUCAUUAUACUGUUAGGCACAACGAUUGCUAUCUUUGUACUCAGUAUUCUUAUUCUGCUUGUUUUCUGUGGAUGGAUCCAUAAAAAAACAGGUUUGUGAAUAUGCAUUUACAUGGCAUUAACGAUUUCUCCAAGUAUUAGAAAAUUGCUAUAGUUAAUAACUUGAAUUGAAAAAUUGACCCAAGGAAUAACCUACCUUUACGCAAAGAGUUGUAAAAACUAUACCCUCGUCUUUGUUUUUGUCACUCAGUUGAGAGAGGUGCAGCGUGUGCAUGAGCUAUAUUGUUGUAUUACCCAGACGCUUUGUGUAUGUUGUGAUUAUUUAUUUAACGAAGUACCAGACUGAUGUCCUCAUCGACUAAAAUACAGUGUGCAAUAGUUGAACUAGAGAAGAAUACAAGUAGACUGAUGGAACUGGACUAAAUCUUGAACAUUUAUUGCUACUCAGAGUUUCAUGCCUCUUGCGAAGCAAUCAUCAGGCAACUGCCAAAAGUAACGGUUACAAUCAAAGAUAUAGGGAAAACAGAACACUAAAUACUAGGCGUGGCGCGUGGCGUAUAAUGCGUGGUGCGUCAUACCGCUAGUUAAGUGACGCUUACAACAUGCUUACACAGUGUUCAGUAGAAAUUUCUUUCAGUGUCUGCAACCAGAGAUUAGUUCAUUUCUGUUGUUCAGGGCAUCCAUUGCUGGUUUAGAAAUUGUUAAAUAUUUCUCCCACAAGCACAAAUUUUUUGGUGACGUUUGUAUACGAUUUUGCUUGCUUUACUUUGCGCCAUUUGAUAGUAUAUUUUACGUUCUUCGAUUAUCUGUCAAGCUCCAAAUAUAUUUCCUGAGUUCCGUUGCAUGCUUAUUUAUUUGUAUAUUUUAUAUAUUUUUUCACUAAUUGCAGGGGUCAUAUCAGCUGAAGUACAUUCGAAGAAUAAUCAAUCACGACGCAUGCUGGAUUAUGACGACUAA